UCUUUUCCUUCCACGCGCUUCGGCGCUCGUCCUCUGCACGACUAGCACGGGGCAAGAACGCCUCUACGCCAUGCGCCCUAGGGUUUGGCCGGAUAGUGGAGGCGGAGGGGGAGACGAUCGCACGUAUCCUCGGAGCUCCACCUCGAUCAUCGACCGGUAAGUGGCCGUAAUCCGGCAAAUGUAGCUCGCUAUCGCAUCGAUCGCUCGCCCGUCGCCAAUGCUAUGUCCCGGCAUUCUCCUUCUCCGUGAUUCUUGAGGCUCGAGAUCCCGAACGGCUUGGAUGCCAGCAAAAUGUCAGCGCCUUCUACAUCGCCCCCGGCAACCUCUCCGCCCCUGCCAGCGUCGCCGCCACUCGCCGGGGGCACCCCUCCGGCGCCGGUGAUUCUCGCGCCUCCGCCCGUUCCAGUGCUCUCUCCUCCUCCCGCUGCCACUGCUCCUCCUCCUGCGUCGUCUCCCCCGCCGCCACUUCCAGUGGUUUUGUCUCCUCCCCCACAAAAUCCGUCUCCUCCGCCUCCUGCCCCUCAGGCUUCACCGCCUCCGUCAGUCCCUUCGUCUCCGCCGCCUGUCCCUCAAUCUUCUCCGCCACCUCCUGUGAUCGUUGCUCCUCCUCCAGCGGCGUCAGCGUCCCCUCCGCCUCCGGAUUUGACACCAUCUCCGCCAGCUCCUGUCGUAAACUCUCCACCGCCGCCGAAUCCCACUGCUCCUUCUCCGCCAGCUCCGCCGGACGAAUCCGGCUCCCCGCCACCAUCGUCAUCUGAUCCAGGCUCCUCGGCCCCGCCUCCUCGUCCUUCGAGAAGGCUCUCGCCACCUCCUCCAGCGGGUGACUCUUCGCCACCUCCUCCAGCGGAUGACUCGUCGCCACCUUUGCCGGCAGCAACUCCGCCAACGUCCCCUGUAACUCAGUCGCCACCUCUGCUGCCUAAUAUUACUACGACGGUUCCAACUGGAGUUUCGCCUCCCACCGGCACUCCAUCGCUCUUUCCAGGAACACCAAGUCCGCCUGCUGUUCUAUCGCCGCCAACGUCUAUACCGAAUGGCCAAACAGGUUCGUCUGGCGUUGCGAGCUCAACGAUCGUAGGCAUUGCUAUCGGGGGCGUGGUGGUCGUGGCAAUGCUGGUCCUCUUGGUCGUUUGCUUUUCAAGGAAGAGAAGAAGAUCGGGCACCGGGAACACACAGAACUUUGGAGCAGCUCACUCGUUUUAUCACAAGGAUGGGGCAGACACUUACUAUGAUCCGGGACGAAGAUUUGAUUCCGGUUACUCGUCCGCGUCUGAUGCAAAUGGAAAGCCAUUCUUUCCUCCAAUGCCACCUUCAGGCUCUCUUGGGCAUGCACCUACGAGAGGACAGGGGUCCAAUGGAUCUUUCUUUAGCUAUGAAGAUCUAGCACAGGCUACCAACGGGUUUUCUAGAGCCAACAUGCUUGGAGAGGGAGGCUUUGGCUGUGUAUACAAGGGAAUCUUACCAGGGGGACAGGAGGUGGCUGUAAAACAGCUCAAGAUUGGAGGAGGACAAGGCGAACGUGAAUUUCGGGCGGAAGUGGAGAUUAUCACCCGGAUCCAUCAUCGUCAUCUUGUAACAUUGGUAGGCUACUGCAUUUCUGAAACUCAGCGUCUUCUUGUCUAUGAGUUCGUUCCUAAUGGCACAUUAGAACAUCAUCUCCACGGCAAAGGCAGACCUUUACUUGACUGGAGUUUAAGAAUGAAGAUUGCUGUUGGCUCUGCUCGGGGCUUAGCGUAUCUUCACGAAGAUUGUCAUCCGAAAAUUAUUCAUCGCGACAUAAAAUCGUCUAACAUAUUACUGGAUAGUAACUUUGAAGCUCAGGUAGCCGACUUCGGAUUGGCAAAGCUUGCAUCCGAUGCUCACACACACGUCACUACUCGAGUUAUGGGAACAUUCGGGUACUUGGCGCCUGAAUAUGCUUCCAGUGGAAAGCUCACGGACAAAUCCGACGUUUAUUCUUUCGGCGUAGUUCUACUCGAACUGAUUACUGGCCGCAAGCCCGUAGACACAUCUCAGCCUCUUGGGGAGGAAAGUUUGGUUGAGUGGUCUCGACCAUUGAUAAACCAGGCGCUAGAGACACAAAACUUGGAUCUUAUGGCCGAUCCAUUGCUGAAUGAAUACAGCAAGGACGAGAUGCUUAGGAUGCUCCGAUCAGCCGCGGCAUGCGUUAGACACUCAGCUAAUAAGCGACCAAAAAUGGCACAGAUCGUUCGUGCUCUGGAAAGUGAUUCAGAUUCGAGGCCCGGGUUUAGUGGCCUGCACGACUCGCCAUUCGCCAGUGACGACUAUGAUUCGACACAGUAUAGCACCGACCUGCGGAGAUUUAGAAAGAUGGCACUGGGCACCAGCCAGGAAUACGGCAGCGAAUACAGCGGCGCGACGAGCGACUAUGGUGUCAAUCCCUCCGUCUCCAGCGGCGAGUAUCAGCAAAGCAAGGACUGGACGCCACCAAGGAGUGGCCACGAAUCCGAGUGGCCACUGAGAAGCCGGCAACAAUGAUAGCUGCUAAAGAUCAGAGGGACAAACAAAGCGGACGAGAGAGGCAAGCAACACUUGAUGCCGGCUGCUGUCAUGGAGUAUCCAACGUGUUUUUUUUUUUUUUUUUUUUUUUGCUUUCAUGUCUGUUUUUCCUUUUUGGAUCUCAACGCACUGACAGCUACCUUGCAGUAACAGAGCAAGCUAAGCGGAAGAACUCAAAAAUGUGAAAAGAUUCGAAGCAACCGGGAGUCUGUGUCGUGAUUGAUCGUUGGCCACUGACGCCAAUAUUCUUUGCUUUGCACGCCCAGAUUAAGUAUAUUGUAGCUAGAGUAGCUACAACCUUUUUGAUA